UGCUGUGUCUUGCUAGACGGAAGUACAGUUCAUUUUCGCCGUGCCUCUGGGGCUUCGGACGUACAUGGGCAGCCGUAUGAAAUACAAUGGCGGAGACCAGUAAUAAUGCCACAGCCAAGAAUGAUGCUGGUGGUGACGGGAGAUGAUUUCGGCUACUGUCCCAGGAGGAACCGGGGGAUUGUGGAUUGCUUCCUGGCUGGAGGCAUUUCCAAUGUCUCAUUGCUGGUUAAUGCCUCAGCAGCUAAAGAGGCAGCAGAUCUGGCUAAAAGACACAACAUUCCCAUUGGCUUGCAUGCCAACCUGUCCGAGGGCACUCCUGUUUGUCAGAGCCUACAGCAGUCGUCCACGCUCAUAAACCAGCAUGGCUUCUUCCGUGGGAAAAUGGGCUUUCGUCAGGCAUUGGCGAGAGGAGAGCUCAGCAUGAAACAGGUGGAGCUGGAGUUGAGGGCCCAGGUCAGGCUUUUCAUGGAACUGAACGGUCACCUGCCCCACCACAUGGAUGGACACCAGCAUGUUCAUGUACUCCCAGAAGUGCGCGAGGUGUUUGCACAGGUCCUGUCAGAUCUCCGGAUUCCAUACACCCGUGUACCUGUGGAGCCAGGUUUACACAGCUGCCCAUGGCUGCCAGCACACCUCCAAAAAUUCUACACGCAGGUGGAGAAGGACGCUUUGGACGCCAUCCCAAUUUUCAAACGCCAUGGAAUCAGGUGGCCACAAGUGUACCUGGGGCUGACAACUAUGGGGCAAAACAUGUCCAUCCCAAGCCUGCACAGGGCCCUCAGCCAUGCUUUGGCUGCAGGUCCUUCAACCACUACCUCCAGCAGUGUACGGGGUUCUAAUCAGCCUGUGGUCACAGCUGAGCUUAUGGUCCACCCGGGUUAUUCCAGUCACCCCAAGGAAGGAGGCUGUGGAGAGGGCCCCGAUGAUUUCUCUCAGUCAGCUGACAGACAGCAUGAGCUGAAUGUGCUCAAAGAUCCAUCCUUGCUGGCUCUCUAUUGCCAGGAGAGAGUGCAGCUCUGUGCCUUCAGAGACCUAUGACAGCCGCCAACUCAAAAUCACAAAUGAGAAGCACAGUUUGAAUAAUGGAUAAUUAUCCAUUCUGUAGUUGUGACCAAAAUAUCACUAUUCAGUAAUCACUGAUAUUUGUAGAUAACUUUAUGCUGCCGUACAGCGUGAUGUGGGUUGUUCCAUCUGUAAGGAGACUUGAAAGAGUUAGUUUUUACCAACAUUUAAUUUUCCAUAAUGGGGGCUCUGAGAGUAGUGUUGUCUCUCUGGCUGUAACAGUAGCGCAUUCUAUACUUUGUAGAAUUAAAUAUAAUAAAGAUAUAGAGUGUACACUGCCACACUAUUUUGGAAUGCUAACUAAUAAAUAAUUUUGCUAAAAUGAUUACUAAAAACUGCUCAGACCUUCAUAAUUUUUAUAUUGUGUCGUAUAAGGAAUAUGGAGUCAGGUAGUUUUCAGUUCUAGAAACAUUUGGUGAGGGGUGAAAUCUGUAUGUCUGUCUCAGGCCUCCAGGCCCCUGGUUUCUACUUACCUAACUGGAGCAGGAAUAUUUUUUUAAUGAUCUCAGGUCUGGAUGUGUGUUUCUAAAUGGAUCGUUAGUUUUUGAGUUUUACUUGUAUUUAUUGCUGUUGUCUGGGUAUUUGAAAGUUUAUAUUUUCAGUUUCUCUUGAAACUGUUUUAUGCAUUCCUAUACUUGAAAUCAAAGAUCAGAACUGAACAGCUUGCAAAUCCAACUUGAGGUAAUAAAUGAUGGGAAACA